UGACUAAUCAUUUCGGUUUAGGUUUUUCCCCGACGAGAAAAGCGUGUUUAGUAUUUGGAUUUUGAGUUGAAUUUUAAAGUCUAAACAUGGCAGAAACAGAACAAGAAUUGCCGUCGUCAGUUCUAGGCACCUAUGACCAUUGGGAUGAAGUAUAUAAAGACGAAAUGAAAGGUUUAGUUGAAAUGGACGACCCUGGAACGGAAUGGUUUGGACGAAGUGCAACGAAUAGAGUGGUUCGUUGGAUUACUAAAUGUGCUGAACUAAACAAACACUCAACCAUACUGGAUGUUGGUUGUGGUAAUGGCUUGUUGCUGCUGGCUCUCGCUAAACAAGGAUAUACAAACUUGGUUGGGUUAGAUUAUUGCCAAAGUGCACUUGAUCUAGCUUCAGCUGUGUUUAAGAAAGAAGGACUUGGACACGUUGGGUCCUGGUUGCAAGUAGACCUUACUAGUGAGACUGUAGUGAAGGUUGGGGAAUGUUAUAAGACCAUGGGUUUGAAUGAAGUUGGAAAUGAAGAACAAGCAAUAUUCGAUGUUUGUCUGGAUAAAGGGACUUAUGAUGCUGUAAGUUUGAACCCAGAGGACUCCAACAAGGGAAGGGAGAGUUAUAUACAAAACAUGGCGACUUUAAUGAAUUGUUCAUCUGUUUUCAUUAUCACAUCUUGCAACUGGACGACAAGUGAAUUAACAUCCCACUUUGGAAAGAAGUUUAAUUUUAUCGAAGAGUUGCCUGCUCCUACAUUUUCAUUCGGUGGAAAAAGUGGAAAAACUGUUUCGACUUGCGUGUUUAAAAAGAAAAAUACUUUGUGAGAAUGUUUAUUAAUAUACAAGGAGAAGUUUAAUGGCAGUUGAAUCUAUAUUGUAUAGUAGGUUGAAAUAAGAUGGUUUAUGUUUUCAUUCUAUUUCUUGUCCAAUUUAAUAGUAAACAAAGAAUAUUUACAAAAUUAUAUAAUUCUAUCCUCACGACUCUAUAAGAGCGUCGUAAACCUGUUUAAGAAAUACAGGAUAAUAUUUCUAUUUUGCCCCACAGUUUUUUGAGUGUAUUGCCAUAUUAGCAGAAAGCAUAACGGUACCCAUCUUACCCCACCUAGUAUACAAUAACCUAAGUUUGUGUAGGCUUGGCUCGUUUACGAGAGUUUGGGACAUCUGUUGUAGUGACAGGUAAAGCUGACAACGGGUUUCUACUCUGUGUGGAUUGCGUGAAACGGGCAACGGUGGAAACGCCGUCGACAAACUUUGUUCGGAACAAAACGUUGGCGUUAUUGAACAUCCCGUCCUUCAACGACACAACAAUGAACUGGAAUCAAGAAUUUUAAGUUAAAAUAAUCUUUGUGGCCCAUCUGGUGUGUAAAGUGAUAAACUGGAAUUAACAAUA